AUGGCAGAGCAUGUUGCUGGAGCAUUUGUUUCGUCUUUCUUUGAAAUGGUUUUUGAUAGCUUCGAUGAAGAAGUUGAAAAGAAAAAGGAUGUGUUGGAGUUGAAAAAUGAAGGUUCUGCUCAUAAUGAAGUUAGAGCCGGUUCAAAACCUUUAGAAAGAUGGCCAACUUCAUUUUUUUUGGAUGCAUCGGAAAUAUAUGGUAGAGACGGUGAUAAAUAUAAAAUGAUCAAAAUUUUACUUUCAAAUGAUGGCAGUGGCAACAAGACACCUGUAACCAGCAUAGUGGGUAUGGGCGGAAUAGGUAAGACCACCUUUGCUAAGCUUGUGUACAAUGAUAGUAAGAUUGAGGAUCAUUUUGAACUUAGAGCAUGGGUUUAUGUUUCAGAAUCUUUUGAUGUUGUUGAACUCACCAAAGCAAUUUUCAAAUCAUUUAAUUCUUCAGCAGAUGAUGAAUCUAUUUUCAAUUUACUCCAACAGAGACUGCAUCACAUACUAACAGGCAAGAAAUACUUGCUUGUUUUAGACGAUAUCUGGAACGGGAAUGUGAAAUUUUGGGAACAAUUACUACUUCCCUUUAACCAUGGAUCUUCUGGAAGUAAGAUUAUUGUGACAACGCGUGACAAAGAGGUAACAAAUGUCCUGAAAUCCACCAGAUUAUUUGAUUUACGGCAAUUGGGCAAAAGUGAUUGUUGGAGUUUGUUUGUGACACAUGCAUUUCACGGCAAGAGUGCGUCUGAAUAUCCAAAUCUUGAAUCAAUUGGAAAGAAAGUAGUGGACAAGUGUGGAGGGUUGCCUUUGGCUAUAAAAACAUUGCGAAAAAAAUUCUCUGAACUUGAAUGGAUGAAGAUACUGGAGACUGAUAUGUGGCGUUUAUCAGAUGAAGACAUCAACAUUAACCCAGUGUUGAGAUUGAGUUACCAUAAUCUCCCUUCCAAUCAAAAGCGUUGUUUUGCUUAUUGUUCUAUAUUUCCCAAAGGUUAUUGGUUUGGCAAAGAUGAAUUAAUCAUGUUUUGGACGGCAGAAGGUUUGCUGAAGUGUAACAGAACAGACAAAAGUGAAGAAGAGUUAGGUAAUGAAAUUUUUGGUGAUCUUGAAUCAAUUUCAUUUUUCCAACCAUCAUCUCAUCCUAAACGUGUUGGGUUGUUGGAAGCCAUCCUUGAAAGGAGAAGAAGGUUUAAGAGAUAUCAACACAAAUUAGUCAUGCACAAUCUUGUCAAUGAUUUAGCAAAAUCAGUGUCAGGAGAAUUUUCUAUGCAAAUAGAAGGUGCUAGGGUGGAAGGAAUCCAUGAAAGGAUAUGUCACAUUUGUUGCUCUUCUCAAUUAAUUUGCGUUGAUGAAUUAAUAAAGCCAAUUUGUGAGCAUAAGGGACUACAUAGUCUGAUUCUAGAAGGCAAAGAUGCCAAAGCAUAUGGGAAAUUUAAACAAUCUUCAGGCCUUGCCUUAUUUAAUGUGGAAGAGCAGAAUGGAUCUGAUCUUAAGGAGUUGGCUAAACUAAACAAUCUUUAUGGAAAAAUUCAUAUUAAAGGGUUGGGUAAUGUCAUUGAUCCUGCAGGUGCUGCAACAGCAAUUUUGAAAAACAAGAAGUAUUUAGAAGAAACACGGAUGACAUUCGAUGGCAAAAGAGAAGCAAUGGAUGGCUCAAUAGUUGAAAGAAAUGCGUCAGUCUUGGAGACUCUUCAACCAAAUAGAAACUUGAAAAGGCUCACCAUUGAGUACUACAAAGGCAUUAUGUUUUCAAAUUGGCUAAAUGGCAGCAAUUUACCCAACUUAAUAUCUCUUAAAUUGCAGAGCUGUGGAUUAUGUUCCCAUUUUCCACCACUUGGGCAGCUCCCCUUUCUCAAAGAGCUUUCUAUUAGCUGCUGCUAUGGAAUAAAAAUAAUUGGUGAAGAGUUUUAUGACAAUAAUUCAACAAAUGUUUCGUUCAAGUCUCUUGAAGUUUUGGAAUUUUCAGAAAUGCUUGAAUGGGAGGAAUGGUCUUGCCUCGAAGGAUUUCCUUUGCUUAAAAAUCUUUCUAUAAGAAGAUGUCCCAAAUUGAAAAAUGCUCUGCCUCAACAUCUUCCUUCUUUACAAAAAUUGGAGAUUUUUAAUUGCCAAGAGUUGGAGGUGUCAAUUUCCAAGAGUUAG